AUGUCUACAAAGGAAUAUAAAUGCUCGCAUGCGGGGAAAAAGCACAAAACUCGGAAAGAAGAUCAAACGGAGCCGGAUAUAGUAGACCACCUGAAGCUAAUUGAAGAAUUCACUAGGAACCCAAAUGCUUCAUUUCGCUACAUGAUUUAUGCAGUGGAACGCUCCUCUAAGUACUUCACCCCUUACGCAUUAAAAAUAGUUCCCUACAAACAAGUGGAUGGAGCUUACAUUACCAUUAGUGGGAGUGGUGUGACCCACUAUAGUCCUGGAGAAGCGAGUUUCACGUCGCUCUCUGAGUGGGCAAGGGAAUACAACUUUUAUUUGGAGCUUAUGAAACUAAAGACCUUCCGGUUAUUUUCAACAUGGAAAGCGUUUUAUGUUUGGCGGAAAAUGCUUACAAUAAAAAAAUUUAACAAUGCAAAAAAUUUUAUUGCAAAUCGAUUAUUUAUCUGCAAUAAUACCCUCGGAAAAGCCCUGCUGGACAUCAAAAAGGAGACUUACAACUUUCAUGACACUUCAUUUGUGGACACUACGGUUGUAGAAAAAAUUACGCUCUUUUAUUUUGUCGAACUGCAGUUAAAACAAUUAGAAACUAGCGUGGUUAAAUUGAACGGACUGAGAAAUCUUAUAAUAGAUAUAAGUUAUGACGCUUGCAAUCGAUCGCUCAAUGAAGUUGGGUAUACAAUAGACGAUUCUAAUAUUACAAUUGCUCAAACGGCGUACGGUAAACUUGGAACACACGCCUCGAAAAUUUAUAUUAAAAAUUCGAGUGAGUUGAAGAUGAGCUUUAUUGAACAAACUAGAAAAAGAGAACACUGUAAAUGGCUUUCAAGCUUCAUUCACUUAAUCGACUAUACCGUUACAAGCUUGCUGUGUAAUGUGUUGGAAAAUACUUAUAUUGAUCUGCUGAAAGUGCUGAGAAUAUACACAAAUAUACUUCCUAAUGAAAUACAGUUUUCGAAUGUACAAAUUAAUGUCAAUAGAGAAAAUAAUCCAUACUGGGUAGUUGAUAUCGUAUUGACUGAUGAAGAAAUUAAAAUGGACCCGCCGGAAGAUGUCUUUCGGUUUGUAAUCGAACGGAUGCAAUCAAUGUGGAGAGAGAAUCUUGAUAUUAAACCUCUUUUAACAGAUCCGCACUUUGAAUGUUUCACAAAGCCAAUAAUUAAUCGUAAAAAAGAAAACUAUUAUUUUGGCGGCGAGCCACCAUCAAUAUCCAGAAUUCUCCCGACGGACACGACGAUAAAAACCCUUAUUCGAGAGUUGGAAGACCUAUUGGAGUUAAACAUUAUAGCAGUGCGUCGUUACUGCGAGAGAUUUGCUGACGUCGAAGAGUUUUACAGGGAGGAUAAAAAUUUAAACGAAAACAUUAUCCUGAACAACACCAGCUGCGAACUUUUCCGCGAGUGGUGUGAGCGUUACAAAAACGAGGAGGAAGUUAUUUUAAACAUCACUGAUUUUCAGCCCGUCAGGAUAUUUUAUUUGCAGCUUAACCGGUUUAAAGAGAAAGCGCUGUUGGCUCCUACAGAAAAAAUGAAGCUACUGGAAAAAAUAAUGCCCGAAAUUGGAAAAAGCAAAGUUAAAUUUUUGGAGUCUAAAGCUUUUGAAGCGUUGAAUUAUCUGGAGAACGAACCGAGGAGCGCCGAAGAAUUUGUCGACUACAUUAAUUUCGUAGAUCACGCGCAGCAGAAAGUUGACGACAUGGAAACAGAGAUGAAUUAUAUCAAAGACUUGUACGACAUUAUUGAAGACUUUGAUGUUCCCGUUUCUAUUGAAGACACGACACAAUACAUGGGCUUGAGCAUGCAAUUGACGAGCUUGCGAUUAUCGAUUGAUAAGCGUCUCGAGGAACGCGAGAAAUUGAUCAGAGGAUUUAAUGAAAAAAUAGAGGAAGAUAUUAAGAGUUUGGUUGAUGGAAUUUCGAGUAUUAGUGAACAAGCGACGACGUUGAAAAGACUAACAAAAAGCUUGGAAGAUUCGAUAGAAACCGCAAAAAAAUAUCAGACGUACCAGCGUAACUUGAAGCUCGAGAUAACGCGACUGGAUAUUUUAGAUCAAGUGACGAAUCAAUUGCGGCUAAGAUCGCUUCUUUGGGAUAGCAAAGUCUCGUGGUCAGAAGCCCUGGAAAAUUGGUACCACUCAGAUUUCUCCGGCUUGGACGUAGAAGAAAUGAAUAACAUGGUGAUGCGCUAUACGAAAAACGUAACUCAACUGGAGAAAGGUCUGGAGGAAAACGACAUUCUGCCGACGAUCAAAAGCCAGGUCCAAGAGAUGCGCGAGAAACUGCCGACAAUCGGCUACCUGAAGAACCAAAACUUGAAGAAGCGCCACUGGAUGAAAAUAGAAUCGCUGAUGGCUGGAAAGAAGCUGGAAGCCGACGAAAAGUUGACGCUUAAGGUGAUCCAAGAGCUUGGGGUUUUUGAUCACGAGCAGGAAUUGAUGGAAAUCGCGGCCGCUGCGAGCGCAGAGGCAGCCCUUGAAAACAUGUUGAACAAAAUUCAGGACACAUGGAAGCACCUGGAGUUCAUUGUUCUCGGACACAAAGACUCGAGCGAUGUAUUUGUGCUGGGAAGUCUUGAGGAGAUUCAAGCUGCACUUGAGGAAAGUAAUAUUGCUGUUCAAACUAUUGCAGCUUCCCGGCACGUCGCUCCUAUUAAAGCGAGGCUUGAUGAGUGGAUUAAACAGCUAAACCUUUUUUCAACCACUCUGGAAUCUUGGCAAUAUUGUCAACAACAGUGGCUGUAUCUUGAGGCAAUUUUCUCGGCUCCGGAUAUUCAACGACAACUUCCGUUAGAAGCUAAACUAUUUAUCCAAGUUGACAAAUCCUGGAAAGAUAUAAUGAGAAGAGUUGCUAAAAUGCCUUUAGCGAUGGUAUUUACCACUCAGCCGGGACUUUUAGAACAACUUGAAGAUAAUAAUAAAAGUUUAGAUGAAAUUACAAAAUGUCUUGAGGCGUAUCUUGAUACAAAGCGUCUAGCUUUUCCUCGUUUUUUCUUUUUAUCGAAUGAUGAACUCCUUGAAAUUCUUGCUCAAACACGGAACCCUCAUGCGGUUCAAAGGCAUCUUCAAAAAUGCUUCGACGCUAUUUACCGCUUGGAAUUCGCUUCCGCGGACCCGGAAGGAACGUCAAGGGCUAGAAAAAGUUCCGAUUUAAAUGAGCUUGCAAGUAUGGUAAGAAAUGAAUUACCCAAAUUAAUAAGAGAUAUUAUAAUCAAUCUUAUCACAAUCGACGUCCAUGCUAGAGAUAUUAUAACUUCGUUAGUUGAAAACAAUGUAACUUCCAGCUCAAAUUUCGAAUGGACGAAGAAUUUGCGGUAUUACUGGGACCAAGAAUUGGAUAAUUGCAUCACUCGGAUGAGCACUACAGAAUAUUCAUACGGUUAUGAGUAUCUAGGCGCACAGAAGAGACUCGUGAUCACUCCUCUGACGGAUAAAUGCGGAGCCCCAGCUGGCCCUGCAGGAACCGGUAAAACUGAAACUACUAAAGAUUUAGCCAAGGCUUUGGCAAUUCAGUGUGUUGUUUUUAAUUGCUCAGAAGGUUUAGACUUUAGGAUGAUGGGAAGAUUUUUUUCCGGUCUAGCAACCUCUGGGGCUUGGUGCUGCUUCGAUGAAUUCAAUCGAAUCGAUAUCGAAGUGCUUUCCGUGAUUGCCCAGCAAUUAAUUACUAUCAGAAAUGCCAAAGUUGCUCGUGCUAAUGAGUUCUUGUUCGAAGGCCGCAAUCUCAAAUUAGUCAUGUCUUGCGCUACUUUUAUUACUAUGAACCCAGGUUAUGCGGGACGCACAGAAUUGCCAGACAACCUCAAGUCUCUGUUUCGACCCAUCGCAAUGAUGGUUCCCGAUUACAAACUUAUCGCUGAAGUAAUUUUAUACUCGGAGGGUUUCGAGUCUUCCAAGCAAUUGUCAAAGAAAAUGACCCUAAUGUACACAUUGUGCAGCGAACAAUUGUCUCAGCAAGAUCACUACGACUUUGGAAUGAGGGCAGUAAAAUCGGUUUUAGUAAUGGCCGGAAGUCUUAAACGUGAAAACCCAGAUAAAAGCGAAGAACUUGUACUCAUAAAAGCUCUGCGUGACAGUAAUUUGCCAAAAUUUUUGGCUGAUGACAAGCUAUUAUUUCUUGCUAUUCUAGCAGAUCUUUUUCCGGGUGUUGACAUACCCGAGGAUCAUUACGGAGUUUUUCAAGAUACUAUUAUUGAUAUUUUAAAUGCAGCUAAUUUACAGCCUGAAGAGUCUUCGAUUAACAAGACAAUUCAAUUACACGAAACAAUUCGUGUGAGACACGGUGUAAUGCUUGUUGGACCAACUGGCGGAGGAAAAACAACUAUUUUAAGGACGCUAAGUGAAGCCUACACGACCUUGGCAGAAAAACAAAUUCCGGGCCAAUUAAAUAGACGAGUUAAUAUGUACACUCUGAACCCUAAAGCAAUAACGAUGAGCGAAUUGUACGGUGAAGUGGAUAUUUACUCCAACGAGUGGCAUGACGGUCUUCUCGGUGCAAUAAUCCGCAAAGCGUGUUCAUCCGAGGCAGAUGACCACCAGUGGGUAGUCUGUGACGGCCCCGUAGACGCUUUGUGGAUCGAAAACAUGAACACCGUCCUUGAUGACAACAAAAUGCUCUGUCUCGCAAACUCCGAGCGCAUCAAAUUCACCCCGUAUGUCCGCAUGAUAUUCGAAGUGAUGGAUCUGUGUCAAGCUUCGCCGGCUACAGUCAGCCGUUGCGGAAUGGUCUAUGUCGACCCUCUUGAGCUCGGCUGGAUGCCCUAUGUCAAGACUUGGUUAAUUGGAUUCAAGAGUAAAUUCAAGGAGUCACCCUCGCUGGGUAAUCUGAUAGCUGGGAUUGUUUUAGCCCUAUUCGAUCGAUACGUUGAUAUAAGUAAAGUGAAUACAGUCUGCACUCUUCUGGAAAGUAUUCUCCUAGAGUCAGACACCGUGAACAAAAUAGUUGAUAAAUCACGACUAACGACGUUUGUCACCCAGUCUUUCGUAUUCUCAUAUAUCUGGGGUAUCGGAGGCAAUGUUAUUGAUUCGUCGCGCGAGGCUUUCGAGCUUUUUGUCACCCACCAACUGGAAGGAAAUUCAAGCGCAAGAUUGCCUGUAGCAGGAGACCUCUGGAAUCUCUGGGUGAACACAGACAAACAACGUAUGGACAUAUGGCUAAAAAUGAUACCCGCGUUUACUUACGACCCUCAAGUGCCUUUUUUUGACAUUCUUGUCCCUACAAUCGACACAGUGCGCUUUGAAUUCAUCGUUAAAAAAAUAAUAAAUGCGAACAAGUCCGUGUUUAUCACUGGCGCAACUGGUGUCGGAAAAUCGGUAAUAAUGAAAGGCGUGCUAAAGAGUCUACGCGAAUCGGAGCAAUGGCUGCCAAUAACGCUAAAUUUUUCCGGUCAGACGACGAGUAAACAGACGCAAGACAUUUUGGAGCUAAAAAUGGAGAAAAAGAUGCGAUUUUCCCUCGGCGGCCCCGUGGGUAAGCGUGUGUGUGUCUUUGUAGACGAUGUUAACAUGCCACGGCUAGAUACUUACGGCUCUCAGCCGCCUGUCGAACUUCUGAGACAAGUCUUAGACUUCCGUGGCUUCUACGACCGGAAAAAACUUAUUUGGACGUCUAUUGAAGACGUGGUAUUAACGGCAGCUUGCGCGCCCCCCGGAGGCGGGCGAAAUCCUCUUAGCCAGCGAUUUAUCCGGCACUUUGCUAUGCUUAUGAUCCCCAUACCUACUGAGGCUUCUUUGCAAACGAUUUUCAAAGCGAUCGUGAGAGGCUUUUUGAGUCACAAAUUGUUCCCUCAAUCGGUUGUCAAUAUCGCGGACGCAAUAGUAACCGCAGCGGUGGAAAUCUACGACCGCAUCGCGACUGAUUUACUGCCGACUCCGGCGAAAAGCCAUUAUAUUUUUAAUCUCAGGGAUUUGUCGAAGUGUGUGCAAGGGAUGAUGCAGUCGGACCCGGUGUCCAUUCGCGAUGCCAGACAAAUGACGAGACUCUUUUAUCACGAAUGCUUAAGGGUCUUUCAUGACCGUCUGGUUGAUAAUAUCGACAAAAGUUACUUUUACAGAUUGCUCAGUGAAACAUGCUCGGGUUUUUUUCCCGAUCAAGUUGUUGCUUUGCCUGAAAAUACUUCUGAUAGUAUCGAUACGCCGUCGGAGCUUUUCUUUGGAGACUUUAUGAAAUUCGGUACCCCCAGGGAGCUUAGAAUCUAUGAAGAAGUUACCGAUGUUGAAAAAAUCAAGUCUGUUCUUCAGUUUAAACUGGAGGGUAUUGAUUUUAAAACAUCUCAGGAUUAUCUAGACGAUUAUUGUCUCGCAACAAAGAAAGACUUGAAGCUUAUAUUUUUUUUCCACGCCAUCGAACACUUGUGCAGAAUAGCGAGAAUCUUGAGAUCAGAACGGGGCCAUGGAUUACUUGUAGGUGUAGGUGGCAUGGGUAAACAGAGCUUGAGUAAAUUAGCAUCUCAUCUCAAUGGAUAUCCAUGUUGGCAAAUUGAAAUAAGUCGUGGAUAUGAUAUAAAUUCUUGGCAUACAGAUCUACGUAAUUUUUAUUCAAAGCCCGGAGCUUUAGCCGAAGACGCGACGUUUCUCUUUACAGAUACUCAGAUUGUUAUGGAAGAAUUUCUUGAAGAUAUUAACAAUACACUUAAUUCCGGCGAAGUGCCAAAUUUAUUCGAGGCUGAUGAGUUAGAGAAAAUAAUAAUCUUGACGAGACCCGCAGCCAAAGAAGCCGGAUUAUCCGAAGAAAACCGUGACGAAAUUUACAAUCUGUUUGUUAGCCGGGUGAGGAAUCACCUCCACAUCGUGCUUUGCAUGAGUCCUGCUGGUGACGCAUUUCGACGUCGCUGUCGCAUGUUUCCUUCACUGGUCAAUUGCUGCACGAUCGAUUGGUUCACCAAGUGGCCCGACGAAGCCCUUCUCUCGGUCGCUAAAAUUUCCAUCGUUCCAGACAUCACUCAAGAUCUUCAACUAGCUUCUUCCCUGGCUUCCAUUUGUAUGCUGAUGCACCAAACGACUGAUAAAAUGACAGAGAGAUAUUUAACUGAAAUGCGACGUCGAUAUUAUACAACACCGAGUAGUUAUCUUGAAUUAUUGAAAUUAUAUUCAACAACUCUAAAGCGAAAGACAGAUGAAAUAAUGUCAUUGAAAAAUAAAAUUGAAAAUGGCUUAAAUAAAUUGUAUGAAACUAAAGAAACAGUAGAUGUAAUGAAGAAUGAAAUAAUAAUAUUAACACCGCAAUUGAAAACAAGCCGCGAAGAAGUGGAAAAACUUAUGGAAGUCGUGACAAAAGAAAAAAUUGAGUGUGAUAAAGUCCGAAGUGUCGUAGAAGCGGAUGAGGCUACUGCUAAAAUAAAAGCCGACGAAAUGGCAGUUUUAGAAAUCGAGGCACGCAAAGACCUGGAGGCUGCGAUGCCAGCUCUGGAGGAGGCGCAAAAAGCUCUUCAGUCGCUCAACAAAAGCGACAUUAACGAAAUUAAAGUUUUUAAUAAGCCUCCGCAUCUCGUGCGUUACGUAAUGGAGGCAGUUUGCUUGCUUUUAGGCGAAAAAACGGACUGGCCGACUGCGAAGCUUAUACUUUCGGACGUGCACUUUCUUGAUCGAUUGAUCAACUAUCCCAAGGAUGACAUAAAUGAUAAAUUGCUUAAAAAAUUGGAAAGCUAUUUGAAGAAUCCCGAGUUUGUUCCGGAUCUUGUUGCUAAGCAAAGUAAAGUUUGCAAGUCAAUUUGCAUUUGGGUAAGAGCUAUUGACGGAUAUGCCAAAGUGUUUCGUGUUGUUGAGCCGAAACGUCUCAAAUUGCAACAAGCACAAGAAGAGCUACAGGCACUUAAAGAACUAGUAGCAGAGAAGCAAAAACAAUUAAGUGUGGUCGUUAAGAAAAUAGAAAAGCUUGAGAAACAAUACAACCUGGCAGUUAAGCGUCUAGAUCAGUUAGAAUCUACGAUUGCGUUGAAUGAGUCUCGAUUAAACAGAUCCGGGCGCUUAAUCGCGGCAUUAUCUGACGGACAAGAAUUAUGGCAAGACAUGACACGAGGAUUUCACUCGAAAAUAAAUAACCUGACGGGUGAUUGCCUUAUUAUCGCAGGCGCGCUGGCUUAUUUCGGGGCUUUCACUCAGAUUUAUCGACAGGAAUUGCUGCGAGUUUGGUUGACGGCGAUUGACACUCACAAAAUAAAUAUUACGGAAAAUUUCAGUCUUGUCAAAAGUUUAAUUAGUCCGUACAAAAUUUGCACGUGGAAUGUUUUCGGGUUACCGAAAGACAACGUGAGCACUGAAAACGCGCUGCUGGGCUACCGGUGGAUUAGAAAUAUGGAAGCUGAGAAUAAUAUCAAGAUAAGUGAAAUGAAUAAUCCAAAUUUGAUGAGGAUUAUUGAAAAUUGUAUUAGACUUGGGCUGCCAGUUAUGAUUUAUAAUGUAGGAGAAAUUCUUGAUCCUAGUUUAGAACCUAUUUUACUUCAGCAAAUAUUUAUGCAGGAAGGAAGAAUGAUUAUGAGAAUAAAUAACACUGAUAUAGAAUAUGAAAAAGGGUUCAAGCUGUACAUGACCACAAAGCUUUCAAAUCCUCAUUAUUUACCAGAAGUUUGUAUCAAAGUAACAAUUGUUAACUUUACUGUUACACCAUCUGGUCUUGAAGAUCAAUUACUCGGAGAAGUUGUGAAACUUGAGAGGCCGGAUUUAGAGAAACAGAGGGAAGAAUUAGUCGAGAAGAUAAAUCACGACGGAAUACAGUUGGAAAAAAUAGAAGAAAAAAUUCUGUCGAUGUUAUCCAGCCCGGGUAAUAUUUUGGACAAUGAGGAAUUAGUCGAGAGCUUAAAUAAUAGCAAAGAGACAUCCGCAAUUAUAACUGCUCGGCUUGUUGAGUCUGAAAAAACAGAGGCUAAGAUAAUAAUAGCGCGUGAUAAAUAUCGAUCAGUAGCUACUCUAGGAUUUAUUUUAUUUUUUGUCAUUGCUAGUCUUGCAGAAAUAGAUCCUAUGUAUCAAUUCUCGCUAAAAUAUUUUAAACAAGUAUUCAAUCAUGCGAUCGAGACGAGCGAAAAAAAUCAAGACAUUGAAAAACGUCUGAGUAUCCUAAAUGAAAAAAUAACUUUGGCAAUUUAUUUAAACGUCUCUCGAGGACUUUUUGAGAGACAUAAAAUUAUUUUAGCUUUCAUGAUUGACGUUGCAAUUUGUAUCAAUAAUAAAACAGUUACUCAAACUCAGUGGAAUUUUAUUUUGCGCGGACCAGGGUCUAUCGAAUUGAGAAAAAAACCAGAAAAUAUAAGUGACUUGGCGUGGAAAUCAAUAAAUUAUCUUGAUAAAAACUUUUCAGUUUUCAAUGGAAUAAUAGACGAUGCAUUUAGAAAAAUAAAACUUACUCUCGGAUACAUUGAAGAAGAAAUAAAUUUAAAGAGAAAUAAUAAUAUAGAAGCGAUAAAAGAUUGGAAUAUCUUGCUGAGCGAUAUUGAAAAAUUGAUGCUAGUGAAAUCAUUAAAAGAAGAAAAGCUAUUGGUUUUAAUAACGGCCUUGGUAAAUAAAGACUUCGGUCGAAAAUUUAUCGAAUCGUCUAUUGUAACAUUAUCCGACACGUACCAAGAUAUAUCACACAAUACACCUUUAAUAUUUAUACUGAGCACGGGUUGUGAUCCUUUUGGAUCAUUUAUUAAGUUUGCCGGCGAAAUGGGAUUUAUCGACAAGUACAGUUCAAUAUCGUUGGGUCAAGGGCAAGGACCAAUUGCUGAGAAACUUAUCAAAGACGGUCGUGUUAAAGGUCACUGGAUUUUUUUACAAAACUGUCAUUUGGCGACGUCGUGGAUGCCGACGCUCGAGAAAUUAGUCUCUGAAAUCACAGAUGAAAGUGUCGAGGUCCAUAGAGACUUUCGGCUUUUCUUAAGUUCGAUGCCUAGCGAUGCUUUUCCUAUUUCUAUACUCGAAAACUCUGUUAAAAUUACCAACGAACCACCCAAAGGCUUGAAAGCUAAUAUCAAGCGAAUGCUUUUUGAUUUGAGCCAAGAAUUUUUUGAACACGAUGGAGACAAUUGGCGGGUCAUGAUAUUCGGAAUAUGUUUUUUUCAUUCAAUUAUACAAGAAAGAAAAAAGUACGGGCCAUUAGGCUGGAAUAUAUUAUACGAAUUCACGGAUAACGACCGCGAAUGCUGUCUAUCGAAUUUAAAAAUAUUUACUGAAAAUGAAUUAAUACCUUGGAACGCAUUGGUGUAUACUACCGGUGAAAUUACAUACGGAGGCAGAAUUACAGAUAACUGGGAUUUGCGCUGCUUGAAAACUAUCCUCGACAACUUUUUUUCACCAAAAAUAUUUAACAAAGAUUACAUUUAUUCGCCCUCUGGAGUGUAUUACUGUCCGAGAUUAAAAACUUUGGAGGAGUAUAAAAAUUUUGUAGAAACUUUUCCUAUUAUUGAUGAGCCUGAAAUUUUUGGAAUGCAUGAAAAUGCAAAUAUAACUUAUCAGUUGCGCGAGUCACAAUUAGUGAUAAAUACAAUAGCGCAAAUUCAGCCGACAGUUGAUGCAAACAUUGAAAGCAAAUCAAACUCGGAAAUAGUUUACGAUACUGCGCAAAUAAUUAUGAAUCAGAUUGAGCUUAAUAUUGAUUCUGACAAAUGCAAUAAAAAUCAUUACAAAAAAGAUUCAGCGGGAAGAGUUCCUUCACUAACAACAGUCUUAUUACAUGAAAUUGAUCGAUACAAUAAAUUAUUAAAAAAUAUUCACGCAUCAAUGGAAAAUUUACAGCGCGCUAUUAAAGGAUUUGUUGUUAUGUCAGAUGAAUUAGAGAACGUCUUUAAUUCUUUAUUAAAUAAUCAAGUCCCGAAGGUAUGGCAUGAUCUGAACGUUUAUCCAUCGCUCAAGUCUUUAGGCAGUUGGAUAAGAGAUCUUGAACUCAGAACGGAUUUUAUAAAAGUACCCAAGAAUAAAAUAUUUUAUUUUAACUAUUCUAUAAAAAUGAAUUUAAUUAAUUUCCUGACUGACAUUUUAAUCCAGAGCUGGUUAACAAACGAACCGGUUUCUUACUGGCUAUCCGGGCUUUCAUUUCCUCAAGGAUUCAUUACCGCAGUGCUCCAAACUCAUGCAAGGAAAUAUAAUAUUCCUAUUGAUCAGCUCAAGCUGGAUUAUGCGGUAACUAAGACGCUUUUAUAUCAAGAUGAAAUCCAGAAUGCUCACACAAUUAAUCAACAGGAUCAUUUACUGUAUAAAAAUCUUUCAAUGCCAAGCGACGGAGUUUUGAUUCAUGGUUUGUAUUUGGACGCAGCAAAGUGGAAUAUUAAUUCAAUGCUUCUUGUUGACGCUUCAUUAGGCGAAAUAAACCCUCCAUUACCAGUAACCCACGUAAUACCCGUGCUAACUCAUCCAGAAAAUGAUCAACGCUACAUUUGUCCGCUUUAUAAGACCGCUGUUCGUGCUGGGGUACUAUCAACUACUGGACACAUUAAUUAA